AUGUCAAAUGCAGCACAAGUACCAAAAGAACAUAAAAACAAUCGGAGUCGAGAAGAUCUUGAGCAUGCCAUGCGUGCCUUGCGGAACGGCGAAAAGAUUUUAACACUCCCAACUGGGGAUAUCCGAAAGAAAAAGCCAGGAGGAAGAAAAGCUGUGGAAUCAUCAUCUAACAUGGAUCUCAUUACAGCAGAAGUUGUGUAUAGUUGGAAAUUUGUGAACUAUUCAUGGCCUUCAGAUGAACAUGAAAAAGCAGCUCUCAAACGAGAGGAGUAUAUUCCAAGGAACUGCCUCUUGUCAGGUAUCAAAGUAUUCAAAGGUGAUGUGUACGUGACUACAUCUCGAUGGAGACAUGGUGUACCAGCUGCUCUAUCCAAAGUAGUGGGAGGAAAGCUGGCACCAUACCCAAGCUGGGAGAUGCAAGAAAUAGGGAAUUGUUCAGCCCUUCAGUUCAUUCAGAGCAUGGAGAUAGAUCCAAUGGGACGCAUGUGGAUCCUAGACGCAGGAAAUGCUGUCAACCAUUCUCAGGGGCGUAAUCACCCCUUAAGGGCAAGUUGUCCUUCCAAGUUGGUUGUCUGGGACCUAAUGGAAAACAGAUCUGUCCAUGUCCAUGAAUUUCAUCAUUAUGUGGCUCCCAAUGACAGUUUCCUGAAUGAUUUGGUACUUGAUCUUUCUGGAGGCAUGGAUGAUAUUUAUGCUUACAUCACAGAUUCACGGAAGAGUGCCAUCAUAGUUUACAGCUUUAGGGAAGAUUCCUCUUGGAAGGCACAACACAAAUCCAUGAAUGCAGAUCCCAAAGCCAAAUACAUUUUUAUCUCUGGUGAAAAGUAUAUUGCAUCCACAUCUGUAGAUGGCAUAGCUCUCUCACCUCUCACAGAACGUCAUCCUCGUGUUUAUUAUUGUCCUCUGAGUUCAUUGCACCUCUUUUCCAUUCCAACGGAUGUGCUGAAGAAUCAGGCAUUAGCAACUUCUCAUCUGGGACCACAUGUAAAGGACCAUGGACCAAAACCUUCACAAACAGAUGGAAUAAUCAUGUCUUCAAAUGGCAGGCUUUACUUUGGAUCCUUGAGUGAAAAUGCCAUUUAUGAAUGGGAAGCUUUCCAUCCUGAAACAUCUGAUCAGCCUACUGGAAAAGUCAAUGAUACAGCACACAUGAUAUCUCAAGAUAAUUUGACCAUGCAAUGGGUUAAUACCUUUGCUAUAUCUGAUGGAUACCUCUGGUUUACAACCAACCGCUAUCAUCUCUUCUUACUGCAUCUCAUGGACAAGAACGAGCCAGUACGUGUUUCAGCCAUGGGCCGAAAAGUGACUCUUGCAACGUGUUGUUUGAAUCAGUGGGCAUUAGACUUUGAAGGGAAUCUGCAAAGGAUUCUAUCCAGUGUUGAGGAGGCAAAGAAUCUGGGUGCAUCAUACAGGACAGGACCGGAAUUGGAAAUCACGGGCUACAGCUGUGAAGACCAUUUUCAUGAAGGGGAUACACUUCUACAUUCUUGGCAAGUCCUUGCCAAGCUUCUUGUGCAUCCAAUAUGUACUGACAUCAUUGUUGAUGUUGGAAUGCCUGUUAUGCACAAGAAUGUCACCUACAACUGCCGAAUCAUAUUCCUGAACAAGAAAAUCUUUCUGAUCCGUCCAAAAAGGAUCCUUUGUGAUGAUGGAAUCUACCGUGAGACCCGAUGGUUCACUGCAUGGACAAGAGAUAGAACAACAGAGGAGCAUUUCUUGCCCCGCAUUAUUUCUUCUAUUACUGGCCAGAGCACUGCUCCAAUUGGAGAUGCUGUCAUUGCAACUAAGGACACCUGCAUUGGCUUUGAAAUUUGUGAAGAGUUAUGGAAUCCCAAAAGUUCACACAUUGACCUGGGCUUGGAUGGCGUGGAGAUCAUUGUCAACAGCUCAGGUUCAUACAGUGAACUGAGGAAGGCACAUAUACAUGUGGAAAUGAUCAAAUCAGCAACUGCACGAUCAGGUGGAUGCUAUGUAUUCUCUAACCUGCGUGGCUGUGAUGGGCAGCGUGUCUACUUCAAUAGCUGUUCAUGCAUUGCACUCAAUGGCUCCAUUGUCAGCAAGACCAAGCAAUAUGCUCUGGAAGAAGUGGAAGUAGCAGUUGGGACGAUCGACUUGGAAGACAUCAGAUCAUAUAGGAAUGCCAUUCGAAGUCGAUGUCUUCGUGCUUCAUAUGCCCCCUCAUUCCCACGCAUUCAGGUGGAGUUUGCAUUAUCCUCAGAUGCUGACAUCUUCUUGCCAAGCUUCUCAGCUCUUCCCUGGGACUAUCACAGCAAUGAAGAAGAAAUAGCUCUUGGACCAGCUUGCUGGCUGUGGGAUUUUCUCAGACGGAGUGGACAAGGUGGAUUCUUUCUCCCUCUGAGUGGAGGUGUAGAUUCAUCAAGUGUUGCCUGCAUCAUCUUUUCUAUGUGUCAUCUUGUUGUGGACACUAUUCAGAAAGGAGUGGAGGAAGUCCUUGUGGAUGUGAGGCACAUCGUAGGAGACAGUGCUUACGUGCCAGUUGAUCCUAGAGAGCUCUGCAGCCGCUUGCUUAUCACCUGUUACAUGGGAUCAGAGAAUUCAUCAGCUGAGACAAGGAAGUCGGCUAAGUCCCUUGCUCAUGAUAUUGGAAGGGCCCACAAAGAAUACCGAAAAAACUUCAACUACAUUGCCAACACGGUCUCAGCAGACACCUUCACAAUGCCACCUCAAACGGGGUUGCCACCUUCUGUAGAGGUGAUACUCGUCACGGCCCACCUGGGGCACCUCCGCGGACCACCGGUUGAGAACCACUGGUUUUCCUUUGCUUAUAGAGUAUGCAUCCUAAAUCUUGCUAGUUACCAUCUGGAGGCAGGCAUUGACAUGGCAGUGACAGCUUUCCUGGGUAUCUUUACUUCAAUUACUGGUGCCAUUCCCAAGUUCACAGCAAAUGGUGGAUCUGUCAGAGAGAAUGUCGCCCUUCAGAAUGUUCAGGCUCGUGUGCGAAUGGUUCUAUCAUAUCUCAUGGCCCAAUUGAUCCUGUGGGUGCGCGGUCGAAGCGGGGGACUCCUUGUUCUUGGAACAGGAAAUGUCGACGAAGCCCUUCGAGGUUACAUGACCAAGUAUGACAACUCUUCAGCUGACUUGAAUCCCAUUGGAAGUAUUUCCAAAGUUGACCUCCGCAAGUUCCUUCAUUUUUUCAGACUCAAGUAUAAGUUACCCUCCCUUGAGGGCAUUCUCCAAGCUCCUCCAACUGCAGAAUUAGAACCAUUACAUGAUGGAAAACUAGUUCAGACUGAUGAAGCUGAUAUGGGCAUGAGUUAUGAAGAACUCUCUCUGUAUGGGAGACUUCGCAAGCAGAAUGCUUGUGGCCCAUAUUCCAUGUUCUGUAAGCUGAUCCAUCUAUGGCAAGACAGAGCUACACCUGAGCAGGUGGCUGAGAAGGUGAAGCAUUUCUUCCGAUGUUAUGCUAUCAAUCGCCACAAGAUGACAGUUGUCACUCCUGCAUACCAUGCUGAGACCUACAGUCCAGAUGACAAUAGAUUUGAUCAUCGCCCAUUCCUCUACAAUAUCCAGUGGACGUGGCAGUUCCGAGCCAUUGAUGAACAGGCAAGCUUACCAGGUGUUGAUCGCUUGUUGCAUGAGAAGAAGCAUGGAGCUAUCAAGGACUCUGAUAUGACUUCAGAUGAAAAGAGAAGAAAGAUGCAUUCCCAAUCUAAUGAUAAAGGUGUCAGCCAGAAGCGUCUCUUCCCCAGGGCAUCAACAGGUGAGGAGGCCAGUGGUGUAAUGGAUGCAAGCUCCUCUCCAGUACAAGUUAUGAAUGAUAAAGUACUGACUAAAGUGAAAUUUAAAAUGAAGAGAGCUGUCCUUCAGAUAAAAAAUUCACCUGUUAAUGGAGUUCCAACCCAAGAGGAACUUCUGGCCACUCUCAAGAAACAUUUCAAGCACAAAGACUUCCGAAGCCAGCUGCAGAAUGAUGCUGUUCGAACAAUAGUAAGAGGGACUCAAGAUGUUCUUGUCAUCAUGCCAACUGGGUCUGGGAAGUCUCUCUGUUACCAGCUGCCUGCAGUGCUUUCUCUUGGGAAAGUCACAAUUGUUAUCUCCCCUCUUCUUGCACUUAUCAAGGCAUUGACUUCCUUAUGCUUCCUUUGCCAAAACAGUCAAGACCAAAUGGAUCACCUGGCAAAGCUAAAAAUCCAAGCUCGAUCCAUCAAUUCUAAAAUGAGCGUUAAAGACAGGAAGGGUGUAUACCUGGAUUUGUCAAGCAAAGUCCCUGACACAAGACUUCUCUACAUCACUCCAGAGCAGGCUGCAUCUCCUCAUUUUCAAGGACUCUUGGGGAGGCUGUACAAGGGAAACAAGCUUGCAUACAUGGUGGUUGAUGAAGCUCAUUGUGUGAGUCAGUGGGGGCAUGAUUUUCGACCAGAUUACCUUAAAUUAGGUCAUCUGAGGGAGAUGAUCCCUCAAACUCAUUGGAUUGCCCUGACUGCCACAGCUACUCCACAGGUGAUAGAUGACAUAAAGAAGCAAUUGAUGUUGGGGGAACAUGUGGCAAUGUUCACAGCCUCUUGCUUUCGACCUAACCUCUAUUAUGAUGUUGUCUUCAAGGAUGCAAUGGAUGAUCCAUAUGCAGACCUCAUAGGAUUCAUUUAUGAUUGCUUAGGAGAACAUUGGGAGUGUGAAGAAAAAAGAGAAGUGGGGAGUGGCAUCAUAUAUUGUAGAACAAGGGACUCUACAGAGGAGGUUGCCCGUUGUGUAUCAAAGAAAGGGAUCCCUGCUCAUGCUUAUCAUGCAGAGGUGGAACACUUUGAGGGGCUCUUAUCCCUUUGA